GCCGGUUCAAUGGCAAUUGUUUGGGCCUCCUGACCUUGGGGAAUUGCGACGCCAAAAAGUGAAGGAGGCAGCAGAACCCAUAACUGACGCGUGUGAAGCGUGUCACUCUCAAGAUUCAAUCCCCCGUUUCCCGAUCCGCCACCUUUUCCCCAAUUCAACUCCCCGACGGUCUCUCCAGUCCCAGAGAGGGAAAAGGCCAAUAUUCCAUGCAAAUCUUUGGCAAGGCGGAAGAAGAAGAAGAAGAAGAAGCAAAAGAGAGACGGGGCUGCUUUCCAACAGGAUCUCUAAGGACACUUUGACACCAGGGGAUCACAUUUAUUCCUAGAGGGCUGCUUAUGUUUACGCACAUCACGGGUAUCUACAUUGGAGAUGAUAAAGUAAUACAUUUCACUAGACGUGGCCAAGAAGUUGGAACUGGAACCGUACUCGACUUUCUUCUAGUCAGCUCAACCCCCAAAACACCUCUAAUCCCUUGUCCGAUGUGCUCUCCACGUGAAAAAGCCGGUAACAAUGGAGUUAUCCUCUCCUGCAUUAACUGCUUCCUCUCCGGCGGCAACUUGUACCGGUUCGAGUAUGUCGUCAACCCUGCUCUCUUCCUUGCAAAAGCUCGUGGUGGAACUUGCACUCGCGCGGUCUCUGACCCAGAUGACGUCGUUGUCCAUCGUGCGAAGUUCCUCCUGGAGGAAAAUGGGUUCGGAUGCUACAAUGUGUUCAAGAACAACUGCGAAGACUUCGCUAUCUACUGCAAGACAGGUCUUCUCGUCUUCAUCAAUCAGACCACAAUGGGCCAGAGCGGUCAGGCUGUGUCGUAUAUAGGAGGCCCACUCGCUGCGGUCUUGUCUACUCCUGUGCGGCUUGUCACCACGAAUGUCUAUGGUAUGGCAGCAAUGGCUGUGGGGGUUUAUUGUAUCAGCAGGUAUGCUGCUGAUAUCGGCAUCAGGACGGAUGCAGAGAAGGUCAAUGUUGAAGACUUGACAAGUAGGCUUGCUGCUGGGCUGGUCCAGGUGGUUGAACCGCAUAUUGGGCCGAUAGAGAGUCAAGAAGGACUGCACAUUAGCUCCUGAAAUUGCGUUGGUCUUUCUCAUGUCGUAUGUUUGAGGAAAUAAGAUUGAUUCUGGAAUUAUGAAGAUCGAAUUAAACAGUGUGUGCCUCUGUUCUCUGUUUAUUUCUUAUGAAGCUGUUACUGGCCUCCUGCAGUCGAAUAUUGAUUAUCUGGGGCUUGUAAUGCAUUUGAUUUAUCGUUAAUCCAACUGUUUUGAAUUGUUUUAUCAUGUCGAGUUGACUCAGGAUUACGACAUCACCAUUUGAUCAUGUAGAGUUGACUCAGG